AUAUCCGAAAAGCUCUUAAUCUGUAUGCAAAUCUUCGUCCAUGCUCGUUUGCAAGUGAUUCGUUGAUACCUCAUUCUCCAUUAAAGGAAAAUAUAGUUAAGGGUACCGAUUUCACAAUUGUUCGUGAAUUAGUUGGUGGUAUUUACUUUGGUAAUCGGCAAGAAGAGGAUGAAAAAGGUCAAGCAUUUGACACUCUUCCAUAUUCUGUUGAAGAAGUUGAGAGAAUAACCCGUUUAGCAGCCCAUUUAGCACUUGAAAAGAACCCACCAGCAACGAUACACUCGCUUGAUAAGGCCAAUGUACUUGCUACGUCACGACUCUGGCGUCGUACUGUUAGCAGAGUUAUUAAAGAUGAGUUUCCUUCUGUUCCACUUAAACAUUAUUAUAUAGAUGCUGCUGCCAUGUAUUUGGUGAAAAAUCCGACAAUGUUAAACGGAAUUAUUCUUACUGAGAACUUAUUUGGCGAUAUUUUGAGUGACGAAGCUAGUAUUAUUCCGGGAAGUCUUGGUCUUUUACCUUCUGCAAGCUUAAAUGGUUUGCCUGAUGGAAAAAACCUAUGUCUUGGACUAUACGAACCCAUUCAUGGUUCCGCCCCCGAUAUCGCUGGACAAGGAAUAGUAAAUCCUAUAGCAACUAUUCUUAGUGUUGCUAUGAUGCUUCGUUAUUCUCUAAAUCUACCGCGUGAAGCAAAAUCCGUUGAAGAUGCUGUGCGAAAAGUUCUUGAUGAUGAAGAAUUUGGUGGUAAUGGUUAUCGCACCAAAGAUUUGGGUGGUACUCACACUACAUCCCAAAUCGGCGACAAGGUUGUUGAAGUUCUUGAAACUUAUUUGGAAGGUUUGAAUGCGGAGGAUCGUACUUCUUCCAUAACUCCAGUUCGUGAACUUUUGUUAACAAGACCACCUGGUCGUCGCGGUAUGACUUUAUGCGAAAAGAUAAUUACUCAUGCUGCCAUUGGACUUCCCCCUCCUGGUCAUGUAAAACCAGGUGAUAUGGUCUGUGUUACGGUUGAUUGGACUUUAGCAUCUGAACUUACUUGGAAAGGCAUGGAAAAGACCUUUGAUGUAAUGGGACGACCGGGAAUUCAUCGUAAUGAUCGAUUUUGGCUCGCAAUUGACCAUACUGUUGAUCCUCGUAUCAAUCAUCUUCCUAAACCUGCUGGUCUCAUCAAAGCAUCCGAACAUUUCGCCAAAGAAGCAAAGAUUGUAGAUUUUUAUCGCCCAAAUCAUACUAUUUUGCAUACUGAAUUUUACCGUACACGUGCCCAACCUGGUCAGAUGAUUAUUGGCGCAGAUUCUCAUUCAUGUUCGGCAGGUUCUGUCAGUGCAUUUGCCGUAGGGUUAGGUGCUGCUGAUGUUGUCAUGCCUUUGGUCACAGGAGAAACUUGGUUUAAGGUUCCGGAGACCGUAGAAAUAAAAUUUGUUGGCAAACCUCCAUUCGGCAUUGGAGGCAAAGAUGCAAUUCUCUAUGUGCUUGGUGAACUUAAACGUAAUACUGUUGCUUUUGAACGUGCUGUAGAAUAUACCGGUCCUGGACUCAAGUAUCUUUCUUGUGAUGCACGUUUUGCAAUUUCAAAUAUGGCUACAGAAUUUGGUGGUAUUGCUGGUGUAUUUGAAGGCGACGAAAUUACUGCAGCAUUUAUUGCAAAGCGAAAGAACCCCACUCACAAGAACUCUGCAUUAUACUUCCGUGCUGACCCUGAUGCAGUGUAUGCUGAAACCCAUACAAUUGAUUUAUCUAAAGUUGAUUCUCUUGUUGCUUUAUAUCCAUCACCAGAUGAUGUAGUAAGCGUGAAAAAAGUUGAAGGAAAAAAACUUGAUGGUGUGUUCAUUGGUGCUUGUACAACAGCUGAGGAAGAUUUAAUUCUUGCUGCUUUAGUUUUAGAGGCAGGACUCAAAAAAGGAUAUAGACCUACUAUAGGUGGCACGAGACGUGUUACUCCCGGUAGUUUACCGAUUGUUGCGAAAUUACGUCGCCUUGGUUUAUUGAAAUUUUAUGAACAAGCUGGUUUUGAAAUUGGUGCGCCAGGUUGCUCUUAUUGUAUUGCAGUUGCUGCAGAUCAUGCUGGUGAAGGAGAAGUUUGGUUAAGUAGCCAAAAUAGAAACUUUAGAAAUCGAAUGGGUAAAGGCGCUAUUGGAAAUUUAGCAUCUGCAGCUACAGUUGCCGCAUCUUCGUUUGAAAUGCAAAUCCGUGAUCCCAGAGAACUACUUGAUUGUAUCGAUGCUGAUAAGUAUCACGAAUAUCUCGAACAAUGGAUAGACCCAGGCGUAUCAUUUACUAUAUCUGAGCCAAAUCCUAUUUUAUGUGAUCCUAAUGAUCCUAAUGCUAGAAAAUCUGAUAGUCUACCAUCAAAAUCCUUAUCUGACGUUACAAUAGCUGGCAAA